GGGCGGGGGCAGGGGCUGGGGCCGACCGGGAGCCCGGUGCAGAGGAUGGGGGCCGCCCGAACGCCCCGCACGUGAGGAGGCCGAGGGGCGCGCCACCCCAUUCCGGGGCGGCCGCCCCCCGGGCUCCAUCACACCCGCCCAGCUCGGCGGUCGUGGCCCGGGAUGCGGAGCCGGGGACCGCCGGUGGAGCUGCGCGGGGUGAGAGGUGCGAGGAGGGGUGGCUGCCCGCUGUCCUCGCCCUCGGCUCCUACCCGCGGGCCCCGGCAGGAUUUCGGGAACCGCGCGGCCAGGUCCUCUUAGCGCUCUGCCAUCUGUGGGGAACAGGUGAACCUGCCGCCCUACUCCCAUUCCGCCCCGCCUGGACAACCGAAUCACUGGAGACGGCCCUGCCCUUUUAAAGAGGUUUUUUUUUUCCUUGCUCCAGCGGAGGGCUCCCUUAGCCAUGGCCCCCAGGAGCCCCCUAGGACCCGCAGGGACUGUCCCCCAUCCCGGCCAUCCAGGCCCGCCCUCUGCAUCCCGCGGGCAGCCUGUGUGAAGCGACCUCCCGCAGCCCCCGGCCCCUCCCCCAUGGAGGAGGAGGAGGGGGUGGCGGCCAAGGAGUGGGGCACGACCCCCGCGGGGCCUGUCUGGACCGCGGUGUUCGACUACGAGGCGGCAGGCGACGAGGAGCUGACCCUGCGAAGGGGCGACCGCGUCCAGGUGCUUUCCCAGGACUGUGCGGUGUCCGGCGAUGAGGGCUGGUGGACCGGGCAGCUGCCCAGUGGCCGUGUGGGUGUCUUCCCCAGUAACUAUGUGGCCCCUGCCGCACCCGCCGCACCUGCAGGCCUCCAGCUGCCCCAAGAGAUCCCCUUCCACGAGCUGCAGCUGGAGGAGAUCAUCGGUGUUGGGGGCUUUGGCAAGGUCUAUCGAGCCCUAUGGCGCGGCGAGGAGGUAGCAGUCAAGGCCGCCCGGCUGGACCCUGAACGGGAUCCGGCAGUGACAGCAGAGCAGGUGUGCCAGGAGGCCCGACUCUUUGGAGCUCUGCAGCACCCCAAUAUCAUUGCCCUGAGGGGCGCCUGCCUCAGCCCACCACACCUCUGCCUGGUGAUGGAGUACGCCAGGGGAGGUGCACUGAGCAGAGUGUUGGCUGGUCGCCGGGUGCCCCCUCACGUGCUGGUCAACUGGGCCGUGCAGGUGGCCAGGGGCAUGAACUACCUACACAACGAUGCCCCUGUGCCCAUCAUCCACCGCGACCUCAAGUCCAUCAACAUUCUGAUCCUGGAGGCCAUCGAGAACCAUAACCUCACAGACACGGUGCUCAAGAUCACAGACUUCGGCCUCGCCCGUGAGUGGCACAAGACCACCAAAAUGAGCGCUGCUGGGACCUACGCCUGGAUGGCGCCUGAGGUUAUCCGCCUCUCCCUCUUCUCCAAAAGCAGCGAUGUCUGGAGCUUCGGGGUGCUGCUCUGGGAGCUGCUGACGGGUGAGGUCCCCUACCGAGAAAUCGAUGCCUUGGCUGUGGCGUAUGGCGUGGCUAUGAGCAAGCUGAUGCUGCCCAUCCCCUCCACAUGCCCUGAGCCCUUUGCCCGCCUACUGGAGGAAUGCUGGGACCCUGACCCGCAUGGGCGGCCAGAUUUUGGCAGCAUUUUGAAGAGGCUUGAAGCCAUUGAACAGUCAGCCCUGUUCCAGAUGCCGCUGGAGUCCUUCCACUCACUGCAGGAGGACUGGAGGCUGGAGAUCCAGCACAUGUUUCAUGACCUGCGGACCAAGGAGAAGGAGCUGCGCAGCCGGGAGGAGGAGCUGCUGCGCGCAGCACAGGAGCAACGCUUCCAGGAGGAGCAGCUGCGACGGAGGGAGCAGGAGCUGGCAGAGCGUGAGAUGGACAUCGUGGAACGUGAGCUGCACCUGCUCAUGUGCCAGCUGAGCCAGGAGAAGCCCAGGGUCCGCAAACGCAAGGGCAACUUCAAGCGCAGCCGCCUGCUCAAGCUGCGGGAAGGAGGCAGCCACAUCAGCCUGCCCUCCGGCUUUGAGCAUAAGAUCACAGUCCAGGCCUCUCCAACCCUGGACAAGCGGAAAGGAUCCGAUGGGGCCAGCCCCCCUGCUAGCCCCAGCAUCAUCCCCCGGCUGAGGGCCAUUCGCUUGACUCCUGUGGACUGUGGUGGCAGCGGCAGCAGUGGCAGCAGCAGUGGUGGCAGUGGAACGUGGAGCCGCAGUGGGCCUCCAAAGAAGGAAGAACUGGUUGGGGGCAAGAAGAAGGGCCGGACAUGGGGGCCCAGCUCCACCCUGCAGAAGGAGCGGGCUGGAGGAGAGGAGAGGCUCAAGGCCCUGGGGGAAGGAAGCAAACAGUGGUCAUCAAGCGCCCCCAACCUAGGCAAAUCCCCCAAACACACCCCUAUUGCCCCGGGCUUCGCCAGCCUCAAUGAGAUGGAGGAGUUCGCGGAGGCCGACGGAGGCAGCAGCGUGCCCCCUUCCCCCUACAGCACCGCGUCCUACCUCGCGGUGCCACUGCCCACCGAGCCCUCCCCGGGGGCGCAGGCGCCGUGGGAGCCGCCGCCGGCUGCGCCUCCCGCCCGGCCCGGGCACGGCGCCCGGCGGCGCUGCGACCUGGCACUGCUGGGCUGCGCCACGCUGCUGGGCGCCGUGGGCCUGGGCGCCGACGUGGCCGAGGCGCGCGCGGCCGACGGCGAAGAGCAGCGGCGUUGGCUCGACGGCCUCUUCCCCCGCGCGGGCCGCUUCCCGCGGGGCCUCAGCCCAACCGGGCGGCCCCUGGGCCGCCGCGACGACGCGGCCUCCGGCCCGGGCCUGGCGCCCUCGGCCACCCUCGUGUCGUUGUCAUCCGUGUCCGACUGCAACUCCACGCGAUCCCUGCUGCGCUCCGACAGCGAUGAGGCCGCACCGGCUGCGCCCUCUCCGCCGCCCUCCCCUCCUGUGCCCUUGCCCAACAGCAACCCCCUGGUGGACCUCGAGCUGGAGAGCUUCAAGAAGGACCCCCGCCAGUCGCUCACGCCCACCCACGUCACCGCCGCGCGCACCGUGAGCCGUGGGCACCGGCGGACGCCUUCCGAUGGAGCGCUGGGCCAGCGGGGGCCACCCGAGCCCACUGGCCACAGCGCGGGCCCUCGAGACCCCCUGGACUUCCCCCGCCUGCCUGACCCCCAGGCCCUGUUCCCCACCCGCCGUCGACCCCCAGAGUUCCCUGGCCGCCCCACCACCCUGACCUUCGCCCCAAGGCCCCGGCCAGCUGCCAGCCGUCCCCGCCUGGACCCCUGGAAAUUGGUCUCCUUUGGCAGGACUCUCAGCAUCUCGCCUCCUAGCAGGCCAGACACACCGGAGAGCCCUGGGCCCCCCAGCAUGCAGCCCACGCUGCUGGACAUGGACAUGGAGGGGCAGAGCCAGGACAACACAGUGCCCCUGUGCGGGGCCUAUGGCUCCCGCUGAGGCCUGCCCACCACCGCCCGCCUGGGCAGCCAUGAAUGUAGCGCCCCAGGCCCUGCUGCAGCCCGCCAUGCCCCAGGCGGGGGAGGCCUGGGCAGGAUACUCACUCUAUUUAUUGGGGAAGGGGGGAGGGGGCACUUAAUUUAUUCCUUUGUACCCCAGAUGGCGGAGCCCUGAGCCCACCCUGCAGCUGGGGGGAGGGUGGGCAGGGAUUCUCAGGGACAGGGCAUCAUGGGGGAUUUGGCACAAAACACAGCAUUAAAGGUAACCCCAGCCCCCUACCCCA